GGCCAUCGCCAGUCGUUCCCACAUUAUUUGUUUCUUAAUAGGGAACCCUGAAACCCCUUGUCCCUUCUUGCAGCCUUGGAACGCUCUUUCUCUCACUCUGUUUCCUAGCUCUCUCCAUUUGCCCUUUUGCAAUUGCCCACUUUUUGUGCCGCUCUUUUAGCCGCUCUUGUACACACACACACGUCCAAAACCUGUUUCAGGAAAAAAGCACAUGGACAACGAAACAAAACCACAACUCCCGGGGCUGAUCGGAUCCGCGCCUGCCGACCAGCAGUUUGCCUCAAUGAUGGCUGAGAUGCAGCAGCAGCCCUCCGGGUCGUCUGGCAAGCCCAGGAAGCCACGAGUAACGCGCAUUACAAAGAAGAAGGGCGAGCUGCUGACGGAGGAGGAAAAGAAGGCGAACCACAUUGCGUCUGAGCAGAAGCGCCGGCAGAAUAUCCGGGCUGGCUACGAUCAGCUUAUCCAGAUCGUGCCGACACUGACGCCGUCGCAGCGCAGCGAGGCGCUGAUUCUGCAAAAGACCGUCGAGUAUAUAAAGUAUCUGCUGAUGGAGCGCGAAAUACUCGAGGGCCAGCUCAAGGAGUCAACGCGGUAGACCAAUUCUCAGUGUACAGAAAAGACAAGCUUGAAAACAUCUUGAAUUUCAUUUAAAACAGCUAUAAACAGGGAGGGGGUGGGGGUGAGAGGGGAUAUGUACUGUGGGUGGACGGCAGAGAGGAGACCCUGCGCAGGGGUGAUGCAUGCUUGGUUGGCUUUCUCUUUUCAGGCCUGGUCGAGAUCGAUAGAC